AUGAGUAUAAAAGCCAGAGUGUCCUAUGGGCCAUCACCAUUCACCAAAAGGUGCCACAAAGCUGUUGAACUGAGAGGACCUGAUACUACAUUGAAGAUGAAUCUCAUGACAGUUGCCCUAGCAUUGAUGCUGUCUGUUUUGACAGUCCAUGCUGGAAGACCUAGACCAUGUGAAAAUGAUGGGGAGUGUAAGCUUGGAUUCUACUGCAAUCCUAAAACUAGCUUCUGUGAGAAGCAGGUUUUUCCAGGGGACAUAUGUGAAACGAACCGCCAUUGCAAGGGAGCUUCAACUUGUGAAAACACAACAGACAGUGCACCAGAAGUGAAAGUUUGUACUGAGAGAUGCAGAACAGAUGUUGACUGCGAGCAGUAUGGUAAGAGAAAGCCCAAAUUAAAGUACUGUUCUACCGGUGGCCUGGCAACACUUGAAAAGGGUUACUGUUUAACAACAAAGGAAGAGGGAGAUGACUGCAACAGGAGUCCAGAAUGUGAAGGCAAACUUUUCUGCAAACAUGGUGUAUGUGUAGAGGCAGCAGAAGCUGUAACAUGUGAACUUGACUGUAAUAGUCCAAGAAAGAACCCAAACAACUUACAACCAGGAGAUACAGUGAAUGUCACUUACUCAUGUACCUUUGUUAGAAGGGGAGAGUUUGGACCACUGCCCAUCAAAGCUAAGUUACGUCUUAACAAGAAGACCAAGAUUGGACAAGCCCAAGGUGAAUCACCAGUGACAAUCAGUGGUUCAAGAGCAAUGGUAGCCAGAAAGGGGGAAUUCUCAGCAGAAAUACACGGGAUCAUGAACAAAUGCAGAAACCAUCGUAAAAUUUGCAGAGCAUCAAGGCGAUGUAUACUAAAAGCUUAAAAGCAGGGACCGAUUUAUGAUUUCAAAACAACGUUUUGAUCAAUAGACACAAUUGAACCUCACACGACAAGACCUCAACAGUGUCACAAAAGCAACACAAUUUACCUUUGUUUUGCAAAAAUGUUUAAUAAAAAUUAUAUUUUAAAC